UUGGGAUGUCAAAAACUUGGCUUCACCUUUGUUUGGGUGUAAAUAGUGAUCAUAUGGUGUUUACAGUUACAAACACCUGUUGUACUUAGUUCAUCUAUUUUGUAAAGCAAAUCUUGAAAUUAGUGGAGUAGAAAAAAAAAGGUUAAAAAAGUUUUGUCUACAUUUUUGUUGAUUUUAGUUGUGAAAAUGACCACCUCUUUAAAAAACUGUGACAUAUUUUUGGAAUGGUUAGAAGUAAAGGAUCAAAGUAUGUCAUAUGUUCUGGCAAAACUUAAAGAAUUUAUUGAGGAUCGAAUUGGAAGGAAAAUGACGGGCGAAGAACACAUAAAGGUUAAAAAUAUUUGCUACAAAUUGUCUUCUACGUGGAAAAAAUACUAUCGAAAGAGGGAUAAAGUAGAAAUGGUCUUAAAAGAUUGGUUUCUUAUGGAUACGUUUAAAUUUGAUUCGGAACCUGAUAAGUCUACAUCAAGAGGUCGACCACGCAUUAACUUUGAGGAAAGUUCAUGUAGAACAAAAAGGCGACGUGUAGGUGAACUUGUUGCAUCUACUUCGGCGGACAUCAUAACAACAGCUGCAAAAAGAUUUUCGAAUGUAAAGGAAACGGACAUUAUUUCAGUGGAAAAAGCAUUGGCGCUCUACGUGGAUAUGGAUUUAUCAGUUAGACAGUAUAACAUGAUGAGAAAUGCUGUAAAUGUUAUACAUAAAAAUUGUUUCCCAUCGUAUUAUGCUAUAGCAGAAGCUAAGAAAAAAUUGAUUCCAGAAAUAUAG